AUUUAUAUAAUCAAAAUCAAACAAACAAACACCCUUGUUUAUCCUUUAAAUCCUAAACCCUACACCUGAGUCUAACCUUUCCAGAGACAAACUUGAGAAAGCAAAACCAUUAACCAUGGACAUGGAUAGGAUCAGUUUGUUACCGAACUCUAUCCUUUGCGACAUUCUCUCAUACCUUCCCACAAAACAAGCUGUAUCCACCAGCAUCCUCUCUCACAGGUGGCGCCAUGUUUGGAAGGAUCUUCAAGUCCUUGGCAUAGAGGAUAUACCCUUUUGGUCUCAUCGAGAAUGGGAAGAAGAUCGAAUUGAUUCAUGUGUGAAUGCUAUUCUAUCUCAGCGCAAUGCAGAUUACCCCAUCCAAAAGUUUCGCCUCACUUCCUAUAAAAAUUCAGAGGAUAUCAUCUUAUCAUGGCUUGAUGAGGAUCUCAUCUUACCAUGGCUCGAUGCCGUCAUUGGUCCCCAUCUCCACGAACUCUAUCUCUGCAUUGAUUUAAGGAGGAAAAUCAAGUUGCCUGAAUCCAUAUUCACUUGUGUAUCACUCAAGUCCCUUGUUUUGAACCGUAAUAUUUAUUUGAAUUGUUAUCCAGAGUUUCCAAAUGUUUAUCUGCCAUCCCUCAAGAACCUAGAGUUGGAUUUCCUCUCUGUGAACCCCAGCAAGCUUUUAUCCGGCUGCCCUGUUCUUGAAAUUCUUAAGCUCGCUCUACAUAACACGACCCGAGAAGGUUUUCAUGUUCAUGAACCUACAAUCCAGAUGCCUCGCACAUUGAAAAGUUUAACCUUUAAAGAUUACAGUAGCUUGAUGGAAAAGAUCGACGUUCGGGAAAUAUACACUCCAUUUCUUGAAUACCUGCAUAUGAGAACAGAGGCCUCGGCGUACUCUGGGCUACAGGUAUCAGUUAUCAAUUUUCCCAACAUGGUGGAGGCACAUCUUGAUAUUUGUCAUGAACGUGUUGAGGAUGGGGCUUGGGUGCCCGAGCUUCUCCAGGCACUCCGCCAAACAAAAUUGUUGGCAUUGAAAUAUGAAACAACACAGGUAACAUGAUUCCUCAAGCAAAAUGAUUGA